UUCUGGGUCACAUGUGGUUUAGACUACGGUUAUACCACAAAAGGAAGUAGAUGGAGAUAUCAAGAAGAGCGUGGCUGGAGCCCAACUCACUACCCUGUGGACCACCGCCGCCUCGACAUGCUGCUCUGUCUACUGCUGUGUCUGUUGCCUGUUAUAGUGACGGUAACCGAGGCCCAGUACCCGAGGCCUGGAGACUGCCCUCCUGCCUUACCCGUGGGAGUUUGCUACCCCAGCUGUUCCCAGGAUGGUCAGUGUGAGGGAUUCUACAAGUGCUGUGCCACGGCUUGUGGAGGCACGGUAUGCAGCAGACCUGUCACCAGCCGCAGGUUUGCCAACUUGAAGAGUGGAGUGUGUCCUGCAAAGCCGACGGGUCCCUGGGUGUGCUCCAACAGGUGCGCAAUGGACAGCGAUUGUCGCGGGCGGCUCAAGUGUUGUCGCAACCGAUGUGGUGCUCUGGCCUGUGUAGCACCCGAGACUGGUAUCAUGUUUCAGGACUAUAACAAUUUGUAACUCUGGUUUAUAGUAACACAGAUAUUAUUCUUUAUAACAUUGAUAAAGUGAAACUAAACUGAUUGUUUGUUAAAUACUAUGCAAUAUUUGAAAUGUUCAUUAGGAAAAAUCUGUAAGAUAAGCCAAUGCAUGUGUAUAUUUUCAGUCAAUAUUCUAUCAAUAUCAAAAAGUAAGCAAUCUUUUAUUAACGUUAGAAAAAAUACAAUUUAGACAAUUUAAAUUUAUUUGAUUCAAUAGCCAAAUAUUAGAAUGACUGUAUUGAAAUGUAGACCAUAGAAAGCUCAAUUACUAUUGUUCAUGUCAAUGCAUCAAAACAAUGCUAUUUUGUACAUUUAAUUUUAAUAGAUUUAUAGAUAACCAAUGUUAAAAACUGAACUUUUAAAUCAUACCCUAUAUGAAAUAUUAAUUAAAUGAAAUAUGUAUUUUAACUUGUUUUAUUUUCAAUGAGUAGCUAUAUUUUCUAUUUUUAUAAUUUUAUAUUUACCUA